AUGAUCUUCGACACUCCUUAUGUUGAACGCAAUACUGGUCACGAUUGCUUCAAGCUCGCCGAAGGAAAACCGCCACCACGUUCUUGGUGCCCUCAACCAACGGGUCAGGACAGAGGUGGAGCCACAGUGGGGUCAGUGGGGUCGCACAACCUCUUGGAAGCCAUGGACAUAAGCCUAGAGGUCCUUGGAGCUGCUGGUACAACCUCUUGGAGCUGCACACCAAGUGGUCGACGAAAUGUGUGA